AUGCUUCGUGACGUCAAUGAUAAGCGUAAAUUGUAUGCGAUGAAGGUGGAGAAACAACAUGGUUGCGAAAGACCUGUGUUAAAACUGGACGUUGCGGUGCUGUCCCAAAUGCGUAACACUAUUGGAUUUCCAACGUUAAUCGUUGCCGGUAGAACUGAGAACUUAAGCAUUUGCUUUCAGUUCUGCGUAAUGCGACUUGUUGGACCUGAUCUGAGAGCACUCAUGUGGGCUAUGCCUUCAAGGAGAUUCACUCAAGCUACGGCCUACCGUAUUGCCAUCCAAACCCUCGACCGUUUGGAAAAGUUGCACGACGCCGGUUAUCUCAAUAGGGACGUCAAAUCGCAGAAUUUCGCAGUAGGACUUGGAAACGAUUCUUCAAUCAUCUACAUGCUAGAUUUUGGCUUGACAAGACGAUUCAGAAAUGCGGACGGAACGCUACUAAGACGUCGAGCCUGCGGUCCAUGUGUUGGGACGUAUCCGUUCUCUCCACUGGCAUCGGCAACAAUGAGAGAUCAGGCGCCAAAAGAUGACCUGGAAGGCUGGUUCUACAUGAUCAUGGAAAUCCUUGUUGGCUGUCUUCCAUGGUAUAAUGCGAAAACAUCACCAGAUCAUAGCCUGACUCGAGAAUGGAAGCAGUAUGCACGUGGUACAUUCAAAACAGAGAUGCUAAGCACGCUACCACCCGAAUUUACUCCGAUUUUCAACAAAAUUACAGCAACUAGGUUCGAAGAACGUCCACGCUAUCAGUUCGUACAGAAAAUGGUAAUGGCCAGUGUAGCGCGACAGGGCAUCAAUUUGAAUGUUCCGUAUGAUUGGCAGACUGUACCAUCACUACUUGCUCUGGUUAAGAAAUCUGUCAUGUAUGAUCCGAUCCCGCAAAGUGCUAUCACUGCUGUGGAUUUCGAUCGAAUGGCAGUCGAAAUGCCGACGGCCAUAGAAGAACCCUUCAAUAUCAAUGAUUCCAUUGCUGUGCUGAACUAA